AUGGCAGACCUUGAUACCUUCUUCAACAUCGCAGCCUUCCUCGCAGGCCUGUCGCUGCUUGAGCGCGGCGCCAAGCUCUUCGUGGGGAGCACCACCGAGUUGGCGAAGCGCCUGCGACUGCCCGAGGUCCUCGUGGCGAUCCUCAUCGCCGGAGCCGAGUGGGAAGAACUGGCCGUUGUGACCCUCAGCAUUGCACAGGAACGUCCCGCUCUGGCUGUUGGAAACGUCAUCGGCAGCUCUGUGGCCAACAUCCUGGGCGCCUUUGCCCUGGGCCUUGUCUUCUCGACGGGAUCAUGGAGUGGCUUUGACAGGACCUCGAAGAUUGCGACCCGGGGGCUUCUGGGCUUCACGACUUUCGUGUGGCUGUUUGCACUGGCACACCUCAUGUGGAACCGUGUCGUGGCGUCUUUGCUCCUUGUUGCCUUCGUGGGAUACCUCUUCGUUGUUCUGUGGACGAUCUGGCAGGCAAUGUUUUACACCGAGGACCACGAGAGAGACGACGUCGAGUCCCACGCUGCUGCCCAUGACGAUGCUGCCUCAUCAAGCUCGUCCUCUUCUUCAGACUCCUCCAAUGACGGCCACCGUCACCACUUCCUGGAUCGUCACCGUCACUUCGUGGAUCGCCACUUUCUGCGCCGGCGUUCCGACGAGCCCAGUGAGACCACCACUCUCCUUGGCAUAUCCCCGCCGGAGGGAUACAACCCCAAGAUGUUCCACCACACUCUUGCCCCAGCGCUUCAGGUCCUGGGUGGGUUCGCCGCUCUCACUCUCAGCGGUUUCAUUCUGUCCCGCACGUCGAUUCAGCUCGCGUCGGCCCUGAACAUGUCCGACAGCGCAUUCGGCGCCACUUUCCUCUCCCUGGCCACAACGCUCCCAGAGAAGUUCCUGGCGGUCAUGAGCAGCUCCAAGGGCCACACAGGGCUCAUGGUGGCAGACGCAGUCGGGAGCAACAUGUUCCUGCUGACGCUGUGCCUCGGCAUCACGGCGUGGACCAUCGCCGCCCACGACUGGCACGACCACGACAGCGAGGAGGACGGGGGUUUCGCCUACGUGGGCAUUGCCCGCAUCGAGGCCUGGUGGCUCUGGACGGCCACUAUCGCGCUGACCGUCAUCGUCAACUUCGGCGGCAGGCUCUUCUGCAAGUUCGCCCCCGUGAGGCACGUGGUCGGCAUCUUGAUGCUGAUGGGCUACGGGGGGUUUCUGGCGAUCGAGUUCACCAUCCUGCGGGAGGAGUAA